AUGCAUCUCCUUGCUUCUCUUGUGUGUUGCCGCUUUAUAAUGCAACCCGUCUCCGUGUGUUCAAGCAGAGCGACCAAAGAGCAAAGUGACGAAGAGCACACUGCAACUCACCGAGCAGAGUUUGUUACAGGACACAUGGCUUUAGCUCGCCUGUGCCUCAAGAAGGCCCUCGCCGGCCGCGCGGCAGCUAUGGCGAGGCCAGCAUCAGCCAGUUCUCACGGAGGAAUGGACCUCCGGUCCCUCUUCUCCUCCGCGGCAGCUGACAGCGCCGCGACCAGGGCUCCCCUGGAAGGAGAGACGAACCGCCGGGAGGUCGCCGUGGCGGACCGUUCCAGCUCUGCCACUGCUCCCGGGGGCCGUUGGCCUUGGAGAGACCUUCGGGACUUCGCGCCAUUCCGCCUCGUCAACGGGCUUGGGAGCGCGCUGUCGCACGUCGCGGAGACCCUGAGCCGGCCGCUGGAGCGGUGGCGGCCGCUGUUCGGGAAGGUGCGGGAGGACGAGGAGCGGUACAGGCUGCGGUUCGAGGUGCCGGGGCUGGGGAAGGACGACGUGCGGGUCACCGUGGAGGACGGCGCGCUGGUCAUCCGGGGCGAGAAGAGGGUGGAGGAUGAGCACGGUGGCGACGGCGAAUGGUGGUCGACGAGCAGCUACGGGUGCUACCACGCGAGCCUGCUGCUCCCGGAGGACGCGCGGGUGGACGGGAUCGCGGCGGAGGUGAAGGACGGCGUGCUGUACGUGACGGUGCCGCGCGUGCCCGGGAGCCAGAGGAGCGUCACUGAGGUGAAGGUGCAGUGA